GUCUAGGCUAUCACAGUCGCUGAGACUGGACUUCAAUACUCCAAGAAAAUCCAGCCGACAAAUUGAUAAAACUGCACCGUAGGGCUAUCGAGCACUUGGUUAGUUCCUUGGCUUGAAGAUGGGCAGUGCCGACGAUCGGCACAUUACAGUACUGCUAUUGGGUCCGAAGAUGGCGGGAAAGGCAGGCAUGGCCUUCAUCAUCGAGAGUGCAGAAGCAAAAGAUGACACUGCGAACAUAGGUCGAGAUCUCCACUCCUUUGACGACAGGAGAUCACUCUCUAGAGAUGUUGUCGGCCCCGCUGCUUCCUCCCUUCGGCUGCCUCGAUGUAAUCGAGCCAGCCUUGUGGAGAAUUGACGACGUACUUGGUCUCCAUCCGAGGCCAUCAAACGGCCGUGGUGGAUCGAAAACGAGGUCAACUAGAGGAAGUGCAAUUCUGUCGUCAAGGGGUCGGAUGCAACGCUGCCACUUCACACUGUUUCUCGACCUGAGGCGAAGAACUUUGUUUGUUCCAUAAGAUCCAAUGUGCUGCUAAAACUUACAAUUUUAGGGUUUUUGGCCCUAAACCCCUAGAAAACAAACCCUAAGUCACCAGGCUUUUCCACGAUACAUAUCCUGAUUUUGUAUUGCUCUUAGUAAAAAGCAAUGAAUGUGCACUACUUAACUCUAUUUCCAAGUUGACAGUAUACAAUAAUCGAAGUUGAUUGCCGUUGUCCAGAAGUUGGGUUUGCACCAGAAACUGAUACAUGGCACAAAAAUUGCAGUCGUCAAAUUCUCCUCUAUGGUGGGCAUAACCUAUAAACCAUAGAACCAUAAACAAGUGAUCUCUACUGAGUAGAGCAUAAACUGCUAAAUCUCACAUGCUCUUCAUGGACAGUUCUACAUCGCUAGAUAUACUCCUCCGUGCCUGUCCUGGAACUGCUGCUUUUAGAACGUACACGAUAUCUUGGCCGUGGGACUUUGCCCGGUUUCUUCUGCAUAUACCCAUUUGAUGCGAAUUGCCAUGCAACAAUGUUCCAUUUUCGCUUGUC